AUGAAUUGUUUUUGGUCUCUUCAAACUCUUUUUGUAUUUCAAAACAUUACUUUUUUUUUGUGUAUCUUUUUAGUGGUUUGGCAAAGUCAAAUAUAUGAAUUCAAGGUAGUUGAUUAUGCUUUUUUAAUGUAUACUUUUGUGUUAGAAUUGUUAAGACGCGAUAUCGUUAUGUCUAUAUUAAAGAAUAUUAGGAUUCGUUUUAAAAAUAAUACUGGUGAUGAUUAUGAAACAAUUGAGAAUGCUCGUGAAAUUCCUAUUACAACAGGAUGUAUAAAUUUCAGAAAUGGUGACAUUAUGAAUGAAAACAAUAGAUCAAAAGCAGAUAUUGGUAGCAUUGAUAAUUUAUUUGAAAAAGAUAAUAUUAAAAAAAAUAAUUUACAAGCAUGUAAUAAUAAGGGUGAAAAUAUUAGUUCUAUACAUAAUAAUGUUACGGAAAAAAACAUAGAAUCUCAAAAUUUAGAAAAAGAAACAAAUGAUUUAUCUUUAGGUGAUAACAAUAAAGUAUUAGUUAAUGAAAAGUGCUUAAAUGAUUGUGAAUCUGAAACCCGUACAUCUAACGAAUGUUCUAAAAGUUCUGAAAAAGAUCAAAUAGUUGAUGAAAGAUGUGGUAGUUCUUCAUCAUUUCAAAAUGUUGAUCAGGAAAAUUCUAGCGAAGUAAAAGAUGCACCAUCAGGUGAUUCUAAUUCUUCAGCAUCAAGAGAUACUUCAGAUUCUUCUGGAAAAUCAUUUAAUUUUGAAAAUGAUAAAGAUGGAGUUGAAAAAAUAUAUAAUCCUGAAGACAAAGAUGAAUAUCGUAAACAUAUUGAAUCAAAAAUGAGUCAAUUAUGGGUGUUAGUUGAUAAUUUUGGUAAAGCUAAUAUCGAAUAUGUAGAUAGUAAGUAUUUUGACUUCAAUGAUUUUUUUAAAAAUGAAGAACAAUAUAAAAAAUUGCCUUUUAAUGUGUUGUGCAAUCGUGUUACGGAUGCUUAUAAACAAUCAGGAGAUAUAAAUGCAUAUAUUAGUACAAAAACAGAAUUAUCAAAGAAUUACAAAUCUGAAAUGUUAAUUCAAGCAACAUACCUCAAAGAUCAAUUAUGCAAAUUACAAAAAUUUACGGAUCAAAUAGAGAUGGAAAAUGAAGCAAAACGAAAUAAAGUUGAAAAAAAAUUAGAAGUAUUCUAUAAAAAGUCUAAUGAUGAAUUUAAAAAAUUAAAAAUUAAUUUAACACUUGGUGAGUUUAAGGAAAUUUUUGAUUCUUACCAUGAUUUCCGUGUUGAAAGGAUACUUCAAGGUGAAACAUCUUUAAAUGAUGGUAGUAGCAAAGAUAGAAAGAAUAAAAAAAAUAAUAAGGAAAAUGAUAAAGAAAAUACAAAAAGUAAAGAUAAUGAUAUAAGUGUAAAUAAUGUUUCACCAGAAGAAAUAAAAAAACGAAAUAUUGAUUUUAUUCGUCGAUUAACUGGAAGGUAUAGUCAUUCAAAUUCUCAGCAUAAGCCUAAAAAAGAUAAACCACUAGCUCAAAAAGUUGUCAGUAAAUCGCAAAAUAUAAGCCAACUUCAAUUUGUUGAGAGAAAAUGUAAUUAUACAUUAAUAAAUUGUCCUGAAUUGAUAAGAGAUAUUUCAAGACUAGAUUACAAUGAGAAUGGUUUUCAAGGACAUUUAGAUAUUGAUACACUUUGUCAGGAGAUGCGUAAUUAUUUAUUAACACAUACAAUUUCAAGAUAUCAUUUUAGUCAAAAAGUGCUAGGAAUGUCUGGUGGAGCACUCAAUGAACUUCUUAAUAAACCUCGUGUUUUUGAAGAGCUUACUGAAAAAGGUAUUACUUCUUUUCUAAAAAUUCGUGUUUAUCUUGAUAUUGUGAAAAGUAAAGGUCCGUAUGAAGGAAAAAAAUUAACACCAGAAAAUAUUGCACUAAUUAAGAAAUUAAACAAAUAUUAUCAAUGGAAGUAA